CAGUAUACUGUUUCUCACAAGCGUCCCCUUUAAACUUUUCACUCAUCUUAUCAGUUCAAAUAAUCAAGGGCUCAUGCCGAUGUACAUCAUGUGUUGAGGGCACCGUGCAAUUCCAUUGUCAUGAUCCAAAGUCCAACUGUUGCAACUGCAUGCACCACCUUCACCUACGGAAAGUAUUGAAACCUCUUCUUGGGAUAAGGAUUUGAAACUAUGAGUACACUAAGUACUUCUCAAGGAUGAUUAAUACCAACCUGCACUAAGACUAAUCCACUGAGGCCACAGGAUGGCAAAAAGUGUAAUAGUAGCCUAUGUGUUGUGGGCAGUAGGAGGGCCUUUAGGCCUCCACCAUUUGUAUUUAGGAAGAGACAGCCAUGCUCUGCUGUGGAUGCUAACCUUGGGAGGAUUUGGGUUUGGCUGGGUCAGAGAGGUCUCACGUAUUCCUGCAUACGUGGGCGAGGCCAAUCAAGAUGCCGACAAAGAGAGAAAAAGGGAUCAUGCCUCGGUUCCUCCUCCUGUGGGCCCUGUCAGAUUUGCUGGACAGGUGUGUGUUGGGAUCUACUUUGGUACCGUGGCUCUGAUAGGACUGAACUCCCUCAGUUUCUUCUACUUGAUUGUUCUGCCUUUAAGUGUGGGUGCAGGUGUACAUCUGGUGUCCAAUGUUGGCCAGCAGACCUCUGAUCUCCAAAAAACUUUGACUGCUUGUCUCAUUACCUCCCCAAUAUUCUACGGCAGCACUUUAUCACCUCUUCCUAUAAGCUUGGCUGCGAGCGUCACUGCUGCACAAAACCGCAGGUUCAAACCUCCACAGACACCUGGGAAGACACAGAAAUUAGGUCCACGGCUUUACAGGCUCGGCCUAGCUUGGCUGGCGUUCUCUGCUCCGCUGGGUUACUGUAUUUUUCACAACACCACAGCCACACUAUACUAUCUGUCUGACUCUAUAGCAGCACUGCUGGAUAUUUUCUGGUUUCUGCCUUGGCUCAGAGGUGUGUUGGAGUACAUUCUUUUAAUGCCAUAUCGGAUCUUGUGUGUCCUAACUGGAGGAGGCUACUAUGAAGAGGGUUGGAGGAAGGUGCUGGAAAUACUGCUCAAAGAGUACACUGAGAGAGAAAAAGAGGCACUGCAGGUUUUAUCUUUGGAUUCAGAGGCCUCUCUUGAAGAGAUAACUCGAAGCUACAGGGAGCUGGCAAAGACAUGGCAUCCAGACCACAACCCCAGCAAGGAUGCUGAGGCAAUGUUUGUGAAGAUUCAUGAUGCUUAUGAUGUUCUUCAACGCUGGCACAGGCCCCGUCGAUUCCAAUAGCUGCCUUACAUUCAUUAAGGAUUGGCCUAAAUUAUGUUGUAGCUUUUAUCUCCUAUUGUUCCAACAACACCCAACAAGAACAUUCAUAGGGGACUUGUACUGUGCUGGUAUCAACACGUGUAAUGAGCAUACAUCCACCUGUCAAACAGCAUUUCACAGAUGUCUGGAUAUUUGGCAGUUUGUGUGAAACAGCAGUUUGCUGCCACCUCGUGGUGUCACAGAUGUAUUAUCACAGUAAAACGUGUCAUUUCAGGUCUUUCCUUGGAUGACAGUGGCCUUGCUAAUCUUUAAAAAGUACUGAAAUCCUUUUACUUCUUAGAGGAAAUCUAAAGAACUGGGUUUGAGGUAUAUUGAUGUAAGAUUCUAAGUCUAUUUUAUACAUAAAUAUACACAUACAAAUUUUCUAUUCUGUU